AUGGAGAGUGAAACCAAGAAACAGUCUUUUUCAAAAAUUGCAGCAGGAAUCCAGCACACAGCGCCUGAGCCUACCCUCCGUAUCUCCAGUUGGCCCAAGGGGAGAUGUGACGAGUACAGCGAAGAUGAUGUCAGCGAGCUGAUAAAGGAAGAUGAAGUGGAGGAGGUGAAGAAGCAGUCACACUGGGAGAAAUGCAAAAAGAACUCUAAAGGGAUCACACCUCGGAAAAAAAAGAAACGAGGUGGGCUUUUCUUAGAACUGGGUGAAGGAGAAUCAUCAAAAGACAAAAGUGACGAUGAGGAUGGCGAAUCAGGAGAAAGUCAUAAUACGCAUAUAAAAGAAAACGAGAAAAGAAAAAAGGAGGACGCAUUGUGGGCCAACUUCCUCAGUGACGUUGGCCAGAAACCCAAAGCAGUUCCUGCAGAUCAGACACCCUGCAUUCAGAAACACAAGUCAGCUGAUGAGAAGAAUGUGUGCAAGUCUCAAGGGGGACCAAAGGAAACUGAGAGUAACAAAAUCACAGUCACCAAAGUAUUUGACUUUGCCGGCGAAGAGGUGAGGGUCACCAAGGAAGUAGAUGCUGCUUCAAAGGAAGCCCAGCGCUUUCUGAAACAACAAGAGCCGAAGAUUGCCACCCAAACGUGUCAUCCAACUGUUUCAGGAGUGAAGCGGCCCAGCAGCAUGAACAGCCUUCUGGGAAAGAUUGGUGCCAAAAAGCAGAAGAUGAGUACGCUGGAGAAGUCCAAGCUUGACUGGGAGAACUUCAAAGAAGAAGAGGGCAUCAGCGAUGAGCUGGCCAUCCACAACCGAGGGAGAGAGGGGUACCUGGAGAGGCGAGCGUUUCUGGAAAGAGUGGAUUACCGGCAGUUUGAGCAUGAGCGGGACCUCCGCCUGAGCAACAUGAAACCCUGAACCAUCGGCAGAGUCUGACUCUCCUAGUCCAGCCAUCCCCAGAAUGACCUCUUCGGGUCUUCUUUUCCACCGCAAUAGUCGAUAGGUGAACUGAGGUCCCGGGCAGCUCAUUUGCCAGGCAAGGGGCAGCUCUGGGCAGCGGAUAGUUAAGUGGGCGCAUCCCGCUGCCUGUUCCUUUGGGUGGGGGAGGGGCUGCAGGGGCUGUUUCCCAGCAUCCGCGUUUUUGGUAGUCUGGAGGAACACGGCAGGCUUGGGCUGCGGGAUUGGCCCCCUUCCUGCUCACCCCCAUCGCCUGGGCGCUGGUUCUGCAUGACAGCAGCCCUGGGAUCCCCACGUUGCUGGCGCGAACAGCUUCCUGCGCGAGGGCCCCCCGCAGUCCUGCACGGGACCAGUGUCAGACUGGCGAGUCAAGGAGCCCAUCAUCAGCCUACUUUCCUAAGAGACUUUCCCAUUCAGGAGUCUCUAGCCUACUUUUUUUUCUAAAGCUUUUUCCCAGGAUUUUUUUUUUAAAUGAGUCCUCUGAGUAUUCACGCUGUGCAGAAAUGUUGGAAGAGCAGCGACAUGCGUGCAAGGAAGCCAACAUCUCCUUUCUUCCUUUGAAUAAAAUGUUAAAUCUGUUCUGGCAAGCGUGUCCUUCUUCCCUUGUUGGCCAAGGACGUGAGGAAGGCCUUAGGCGACACAAGAGGAACCCCCUGUCCCCCAGAAAGAGCUUUGCAAGCUCACUCUCCCUGUCCUGAUCUCAUGUUCUAGGAUGGUCAGCACUGAAAGCCCUCAUACCAGCCCUUGUGUGCGGGUAGUUGAAUCCAUAGAGAGGUUUGAACAGAGCUCUUUCUUCACCUGCUCCUCUAUGGAAAUGCAUUGGAGGCCACAGGGAGCGCCCUUAACCAUCUUACUGGAAACUUGGGUCUUUGUUUUUGGUAUCUAAUUCUAUCUGAACCCUAUCAUGUCUGUCCCAAACUGACUGUUGUACUGUAUCCUAAUCUGUCUGUCCCAGCCUCAGCCUGGCCCUGUCGAUCUGCAAGUCAACAUCCCUGCAGAGCGUAGGAUCAAGAAGAGACCACCUGCAGGGCAGAUGAUGGUGGGAGAUCUUCUUGUAUCAACCUGGUGGGGGGGGGGGAAGAGUAUCAUUGUAUGAGCCACCCAUUUUAAUAAAAUAAAUGA